CCCAUUGGCCUCCCUGCCUGUCCAUCAGACCCCCGGGCCCCACCCCUCAAGCUAGGCUGAGCUGUGCCUACGUCGGCCUCGACUCCCGGGGGCUGGAGGAGUUACCUUUGGAGCCCGAAAGGAGGAAGGAAGCAAAAUAUCAACAACGCCGAGGCGGCUCGGGCGCUCGGCCCCGGUCCCCCCUUCCCGCCGCGCGCCUGCCCGCCCCCGCGCCCACGGCGGGGGCCCAGGCCCCCCGGCGCCGCCCAGGGCCCGCGCGGACGCCGGCCUCAUUUGUUAUUCCCCCCCGCCCGGAGCUGCGGCUGCCCGGCGUUGAAGAUCCCCCGGACCGGGGGCGAGGGCCACCCCUCCCAGCCGUGACACCCCUUUCCCCCAGCGGGGCCGGACGCUGUGCAGAAGCUGUCCUGCAGACCAUGAACUGAGCCCUGGUCCCAGGCCGUUCAUGAGCACAGUGUGAGGCGCGCCCAGACCCGCCACCCAGCGAUCCCUCCCCCCAGCACUGAGGAUCCCCGGAGAAGAUGGGGAGGAAAAAGAUUCAGAUCCAGCGGAUCACUGAUGAGCGGAACCGACAGGUGACAUUCACCAAGCGUAAGUUCGGGCUGAUGAAGAAGGCGUACGAGCUGAGCGUGCUCUGUGACUGCGAGAUCGCGCUCAUCAUCUUCAACCACUCCAACAAGCUGUUCCAGUACGCCAGCACUGACAUGGACAAGGUCCUGCUCAAGUACACCGAGUACAACGAGCCGCACGAGAGCCGCACCAACGCCGACAUCAUCGAGACCCUGAGGAAGAAGGGCUUCAACGGCUGUGACAGCCCCGAGCCCGACGGGGAGGACUCGCUGGAGCAGAGCCCCCUGCUGGAGGACAAGUACCGGCGCGCCAGCGAGGAGCUGGACGGGCUCUUCCGGCGCUACGGGUCCGCUGUGCCGGCCCCCAACUUCGCCAUGCCCGUCACGGUGCCUGUGUCCAGUCAGAGCUCCCUGCAGUUCAGCAAUCCCAGCAGCUCUCUGGUCACCCCUUCCUUGGUGACGUCAUCCCUCACGGACCCGCGGCUCCUGUCCCCCCAGCAGCCAGCGCUGCAGAGGAACAGCGUGUCCCCGGGCCUGCCCCAGCGGCCGGCCAGCGCAGGGGCCAUGCUGGGGGGCGACCUCAACAGUGCUAACGGAGCCUGCCCCAGCCCUGUCGGGAACGGCUAUGUCAGUGCUCGGGCUUCCCCCGGGCUCCUGCCCGUGGCCAACGGCAGCACUCUGAACAAGGGCAUCCCUGCCAAGUCUCCACCUCCGCCCACCCACGGCGCCCAGCUCGGAGCCCCCAGUCGCAAGCCUGACCUGAGGGUCAUCACCUCCCAGGGAGGAAAGGGGUUGAUGCAUCAUCUGACGGAGGACCACUUAGAUCUGAACAAUGCCCAGCGCCUCGGGGCCUCCCAGUCCACCCACUCGCUCACCACGCCAGUGGUUUCCGUGGCAACGCCCAGUUUACUCAGCCAGGGCCUCCCCUUCUCCUCCAUGCCCACUGCCUACAACACAGCAGAUUACCAGCUGAGCAGCGCCGAGCUCUCCUCCCUCCCGACCUUCAGCUCGCCCGGGGGGCUGUCACUAGGCAGCGUCACGGCCUGGCCGCAGCCCACGCAGCCUGCGCAGCCGCCCCAGCCGCAGCCGCCCCAGCAGCCGCCGCAGCCGCCGCCCCAGCCGCCCCAGCAGCCGCCACAGCAGCCCCAGCCGCAGCCCCAUCUGGUCCCCGUGUCUCUCAGCAGCCUGAUCCCGGGCAGCCCGCUGCCCCACGUGGGGGCCGCCCUCACAGUCACCACCCACCCCCACAUCAGCAUCAAGUCGGAGCCCGUGUCCCCCAGCCGGGAGCGCAGCCCCGCACCGCCCCCCCCAGCCGUGUUCCCGGCCACCCGCCCCGAGCCUGGCGACGGCCUCAGCAGCCCGGCCAGCGGCUCCUACGAGACCGGGGACCGGGACGACGGACGGGGGGACUUCGGGCCCACGCUGGGCCUGCUGCGCCCGGCCCAGGAGCCCGAGGCCGAGGGCCCUGCUGUGAAGAGGAUGCGGCUGGACACCUGGACAUUAAAGUGACGAUUCCCACCCCCUCCUCUCAGCCUCCCCGACGAAGAGCUGACAAUCUCACCGCCCACCCCUCCCCGCCCUGGGCUCCUCCCGCUCGACCCCCACUUCCUUUUGUGCUCCGUGUCCUGUUGACGGUUACGUUUGUGUAUAAUUAUUAUAUUAUUAUUAUUAUUAUUAUAUUUUUUUUAAUUUGGAUUCUCGCUCUGGAGAGGAGGACGGUCCCGCCCCCCCCCCUGCACCCCGCCAUUUCACUGGUCGGGGGGGCUGGGUUUUUGCGGGAAGGGGGGGGACACUUUGCACGUUGUACACAUAUGCUGCAGGAGGGGUGGGAGCCCGAUGGGCCUCUGGGACAGGACAGGUGCCGAGCCCUGCAUGUGGAGCCUUCCCACCCCGUCCCCCCAGACAGAGGGAAAUAACCAAAAAACCUACCAAACGACAAAACCCCUUACAAUAGACUGAAACCCCAAAGUCAGCCUGUUGGGUGGGUUUGUGUUUCAGGGGGAGGCGAGGCACAGGUUCUGGAAAGGGUCUCUGCACCUGGGCUCUUCCUGUGGCCGCAGGCACCUGGGGCAGAGCACCCCCGCCUGGCCCCCGGCACCCCUGCACGCACAGCACGCACCCCCGAGGUGUGGGGGUACUGGCCGAGAUUCUGGCCUGGGAUUCUGAGGCUGGGGGCAGGGUUUGAGGUGGGGACCUCUUGGAAGCACAUUUAGAGAGAAAGAUGGAGAGCCGUGAGGAGGGGCCGAGAGCUGGGGUGAGGGUGGGCCGGGGGCCCUACCCUCUCUCGCGGAAUCCGCGAUGUAGUGCAAUAGCUCUCCGUCCCUCCGGCAGCAGCCCCAGAAAACAGGCCGGAAAGUGCAGGGGGGAUGAGGAGGGGGAUGCUCCGGUGAGCGGCUCGGCGUGCAGGGGUGUGGGGCUCGCUCUUCCUUGCACGGACCUGCCCGCAGGAGGACACUGGGCUGGCGUGACGGUGGGAGGCCACCUCCCUCCUUGGGUCCUGGGCCCUCCUCAGUCUCCCCCCCACAUCCUCCUGCCCCCGACCCCACCUCCCUGCUCCGGGCGUCCUCCUGGUCGGCUACCUCCUGCCCCGCGCCCCGGCCGCAGUCCACCUUCCCUCUUGGCUACUGUAAUUGUAAAUAGCAACCUUUGGAAAACGUUAGCCGUGUAACAGGCCAGGAAACUGGUUUUUUUGUUGUUGUUGUAUUGAUAUGAAAUGAGAUUCUAUUUUUGUCAAAGUAUAUUGUAAUAAUAAUGACUCAAGCGGCCCGUACUGUACAGAUGAGACUCCUCGCUGUUCUUGUUCCCUGAGCCCGCCCUCUCUGCCGGGACCUCAGGCUGGAGCCCAGACCAGACUGGAGGGGGCUGGGCCCCGCGGGCAGGUGGCUGUGCAGGCCAGCGGGGCGUGUGGCCCAGUCAUUCCCCUGCACGCCGCUCCCUGGGGCGUCAUCCCAGUGGGACAGUAGGCGACAGACAGGGCCCACCUUUGCAGUCCUGCCUCUGGGACUCAGCUGUUUGCAGUAUUCUGACACUUGACGCAGGGAAGGAACCAGAAGCAGGGGUGUGUGUGACCGCACGUGUCCCUGAGCGUGUGUGCACGAGGCCGUCCGGAGUGUGUGUGUGUGUGUGUGUGUGUGGGCGUGGACAUACCCGUGUGUGUCUCUGAGCCCAUCCGGGCCAGUCCACGACCGAGAGGCGAGCUCCGAGGACAUGUCCCGUGCGCGAGCCUGGUGUCUGUGGAGGGAUAGGAGCUUGCUGUGCUGCGCGACCCUGGCUGCCGGCUCCACGCCUCUCCGGCUGGGUCCCUGCCACCACCCUGGCCCCUGCUCCGUCCGCCCUCGGCUUUGACAGGUUGGGACCACCGUUGUGGGGAGCCUGCAGUCGCCCCCUUGCUUCUCCCUGGGGCCCCGGCUCUCCUGGGCUCCAAGCACGAGUGGCCAUCUGGCCCCUGGCCCUUUGCACACAUGCAGCUGCCCUUCCUGCUCCUCCCCUGCCCCCCACCCUGCUUUCAGGGCCACACUCAUGUUCCUCUUCCUUCUGGAAGCUGCUUCUUUGUCUGGGCCAUGACCCUCCCUUACUCAGAGUUGAAACCCCAGCUGCCGACUGGGUACACAGCCUGUCCUGGCCUUCUCCGUGGGUUCCUGGAGGGAGUUUCAGGAGUCGAGGAGCCUGGAGCAGGGCCUUGAACUACACUAGGGUAUAGUCUUGCGCGUCCAUCCGCAGAGCCUUGCCCGGCGUCUGGCACGUAGUCGGCGCGGUAAAUGCUGAACGUGUGAGCGACAGGUGCGCAGUACAGCCUGAGCGGCACGGUCCCUCCGCAGGCCGGUCCUGCCGGCUGUCCGCCCACCUUUGGAAGCUGGGCUCGACCACCACUAGACACACGGGGGCGGGAUGAGAGCCCCUGCGGUUCACGGUGCAAUAAUCACCAGUUUUGCCCUCUGCCUUGUGAUGGCAAACCUGGCUUCUGAUUACCAUGUGAGCGUGUGCGUGUGCGUGUCUUCUCUCUCCCGGGGGGCAGGGUAGGUCUGUGAAUGAACAUGUGACAUUUCUGCAAUUCAGUAUCCCAAGGUUUCUCUUGGGGGCAGGGGCUCCUGGCUGGCCAGACGCAUGGGUCCCUCAAGGGGGGCUUCAUUUCUUCCUCUCACAAAGCCAAAUUUGCCUCCACCUACUCCUUCCUCCGAAGAACUGGGCGUUCGCCAAAGUAAUCCGUGACUGGAGUCCUCCCGUGCCCCGCCCCUCCCCAGCCUUCCCACCGCUUUCAGGGACUGGGCAAGAGGGCCCGUUCCACGGGGACCGGGACGCACCAUUCCUCCCCCCCCCCCCCCGCAGUGCGCUCGACGCAGCAGACUGACCCCUGACCUUUACCAGCCCUCCCCACCUCGGACAGGAAGGAAUUAAUGCACCUUCUCUUGAUGAUUAUUUAUUUCUUUGGAGAGACAGAAAUGAUGUAAAAGUGUAUCUAGAAAUAUCUAUAUCUAUAUAUUUUUAACUGACUCUUUGGAACCCCCUGGGGUGGGCCGGGGGUGAAUUCAGGCUUUCGUGGAGGAAACCUGAGCCCCCCCCCCCCCCCCCCGCUUCCCGGGACUCGAGUCUCCUCCACCGUCAGCGAUGGGGGAUGGGGGAAGGCAUGGGAUUUGUGUGGGGGCAGGGGCUGGAAUGUUCUAGAGAGAAUCUGGAUUCUCUUUGUCUUCCCCAUUCAAGUCCUAGAAGCGAGAGGGAGGGGAGGCAUGGGCGUGCCCCCAAACCCGACAAUCACCCACACUCCUGGGGCUGCUCCUGAGUCCUGGGCAGGGCGAGUCCAAGCGUGUGGCUGUUGAUUUGUUUUCAAUAUUUCUUUCCGUGCUGUAUGGUGACGCUUUCUUAGUAUUCUACACAAUAAGAAGACAAAGUCCUCGGGAUUCUUAUGAGUUUUGUUUGAAAACUCUUUCACUAUAUUUGUUGUAAAGAGGUUUACUAUUAAAAGAAAAAGAAUACACGUUUCUGAUA